GGGGUGGAGGUAGAGAGGGAGAGAGAGGGAUAGUUGUAAGCAGCAACACAUUGGUGAGAGCAGGGAAGCAGGCGCGCGGCACGGGGACCCGCCGGAAGAAGCAGCAGCAGCUACAGCGCCAGCUGCACGCAGACCGAUAAACCACCAGCAGCACGAGCGACACAGAGGCGGUCAGCGGGGCGGAGAGGAGGAGGAGGCACCUGCACGGCGACCCGUUCUCCCCCGCUGCCUCCGUCGUCUCUCCCUCUCUCUCGUCGCUCUCCUCACCCCUUGUUCCUCUCGGACCGCCGCCGCUUCCUCGUUAAGAUGGCUGACCCCAGCAGCGACGGAGAGGCACCGGAGAGCGCGCGCGGCUUCGCCCGCCAGGGAGCCCUCCGCCAGAAGAAUGUGCACGAGGUGAAGAACCACAAGUUCAUCGCGCGCUUCUUCAAGCAGCCAACCUUCUGCAGCCACUGCACGGACUUCAUCUGGGGCUUUGGGAAACAGGGAUUCCAGUGCCAAGUGUGCUGUUUUGUGGUCCAUAAGCGCUGCCAUGAAUUUGUCACCUUUUCCUGUCCGGGGGCCGACAAGGGACCUGCCUCCGAUGAUCCUCGUAGUAAACACAAGUUUAAGGUCCACACUUACUCCAGCCCGACCUUCUGUGACCACUGUGGCUCCCUCCUCUACGGGCUGCUACACCAGGGCAUGAAAUGUGACCACUGUAUGAUGAACAUCCACAAGCGGUGUGUGGCCAACGUCCCGAGCCUUUGUGGGACAGAUCACACGGAGAGGAGAGGACGCAUCCAGAUCACUGCCCAGAUCACUGAUGAAAUUCUCACCGUCACCAUCAAAGAGGCAAGGAACCUGGUGCCCAUGGACCCCAACGGCCUGUCAGACCCCUACGUCAAGCUCAAGCUGAUCCCAGAUCCUAAGAGUGAGAGCAAGCAGAAGACCAAGACCAUCAAAUGUUGCCUCAACCCCACCUGGAAUGAAACCUUCACUUUCAACCUAAAAGAAACUGACAAGGACCGCCGUCUGUCAGUGGAGAUCUGGGACUGGGAUUUGACCAGCAGGAACGACUUCAUGGGAUCCCUGUCCUUUGGGAUCUCAGAGCUACAGAAACAAGGGGUAGAUGGAUGGUUUAAGAUGCUGUCCCAGGAGGAAGGAGAAUACUUUAAUGUUCCCGUCCAGCCAGAUGGAGAAGACGGUAACGAGGAGCUGCGACAAAAGUUUGAGAGGGCGAGGGUGGGUCCAGGGAAGCCCACAGACUCUUCUUCCUCCUCCUCGGUGUGCAAGUAUGACAGCAAUGGCAAUCAGGACCGGGUUAAGCUCUCGGACUUCAACUUCAUCAUGGUUUUGGGCAAGGGCAGCUUUGGCAAGGUGAUGCUGGCUGAGAGAAAGGGCACAGAUGAGUUGUACGCCGUCAAAAUCCUGAAGAAGGACGUGGUGAUCCAGGACGAUGAUGUGGAGUGCACCAUGGUGGAGAAGAGAGUCCUCGCUCUGGCUGGGAAACCACCUUUCCUCACUCAGCUGCACUCCUGUUUCCAAACCAUGGACCGAUUGUAUUUUGUCAUGGAGUAUAUAAAUGGAGGAGACCUCAUGUACCAGAUCCAACAGGUCGGCAAGUUCAAGGAGCCUCAUGCUGUGUUCUAUGCUGCAGAGAUUGCCAUUGGACUCUUCUUCCUCCACUCCAAAGGCAUUGUGUAUCGGGAUCUGAAGCUGGACAACGUGAUGUUGGACGCCGAGGGCCAUAUAAAGAUAGCUGACUUUGGCAUGUGUAAAGAGAACAUGUACGAUGGAACUACCACAAAGACUUUUUGUGGAACACCAGACUACAUCGCUCCAGAGAUCAUAGCGUAUCAGCCUUAUGGGAAGUCUGUGGACUGGUGGGCCUUUGGAGUACUGCUCUAUGAAAUGCUUGCUGGACAGCCGCCUUUUGACGGGGAAGAUGAAGAUGAGUUGUUCCAGUCGAUCAUGGAGCAUCACGUCUCUUACCCUAAAUCCAUGUCCAAAGAAGCUGUUGCUAUCUGCAAGGGGCUGAUGACCAAGCACCCAGGUAAGCGUCUGGGCUGCGGUCCAGAGGGGGAGAGAGACAUCAAGGAGCACGCCUUCUUCCGCUAUAUAGACUGGGAAAAACUGGAGAAUAAAGAGGUCCAGCCGCCUUUCAAACCUAAAGCUUGUGGGCGUGAUGCGGAGAACUUUGAUCGCUUUUUCACACGCCACCCCCCUGAGCUGACCCCCCCAGAUCAGGAACUUAUAGCCAACCUGGACCAGGAAGAAUUCCAAGGCUUCUCAUUUGUUAACCCUGAGUACCCUCCCACACCUCACUGACCAUGCCACAUAUCACUGGGCUGCACAAGUAAUCCCCCACACCUCGGAAACAUACAUUAAACAAAACAAAACAAAAGAAAUCACCAUGAUGUCAUAUCCAGGCUGCAUCAGGGUGAAACGUAAAAGGAAAACGCUUUUUUCCCCUGAGACUUAGAUUAGAAGAUCGUUAUCAAUCUCAUUUCUGUGCGUAAAGUAAGGAGCUGGAGUCAGGAGGUGAUUAGCCUAGCCUAGCAUAAAGACAGGAAGCAGGGGGAAACGGCUAGCAUGGCUCUGUCUAAAGAAAAGAAACACUUCUAGUACCUCAUAAACUCAUCACUUCAUCACUUCUCUCCAUGUAUGGAUUUAAGAAAUUAGAUAAAAUGUCUUUCUUAGUAACUUUAGUUCUGGUCGCUGUGUUUUUGAGGAGAGCCAGGUGAUCAGUCCCCCCCCCCCCCCGGCUUCCAGUCUUUAUUCUAAGAUAAGCUAAUCGCCUCCCAGCUCCAGCUCUGAAAGAAAUCAAAUAAGCGUUUUUCCCAAAAAUCUAUUCCUCUAAAUAACGUUCAUAUGGAAAUGCAGACAGGUGCUCAACCGCUAACAAUCAGGAGAAAUAAUCAGAUAUUAACACGUCAAGUUGCCAGUAGGAGACGAGUCUUGUUUCCAGCGGCGACACUGUUUUCAGUUUACUGUGGUUUAGUUGAGCACGUCAUGGUCCGACCUCAGGGCCGACCUGAACCUGCUCUGUCUCUGGGUCGCCCUCCCUGUGAUUGCAUAUUGACGACCUAUUGAUGAGUGUACUAUGAUCACAUAUUUGGUAAUAUUCAUACAGUGUAAGUGAAAACUGACCAAUUGCUUUGCUAUGAUUGUUUGAGUACUAAAUCAGUUUCCUAAUGUUGAUUUUAUUUUGUCUAUAGGACCAAAUACUUCUACACUUUCUGUUCAGUCAGUGUUGUGGUGAUCAUUUUUGCUAACUUAAUUUUUAACCAGAGGAUUGAAGUCUUUAUAAAUGCAUUCAGAGCGUAGGUCUGCGUCAAGUUAGUGAUUUUUGAAUGAAAUCUCUUUACCUUUCUCCUGAUUCAUUGCUGAAAGAUUCACCACAUUACACUGUUUUUAAUGACAUAUCUCUUAGUUUGUAAACAACCUUUUUCUUAGGGGAAAAUUUCACAUAUGACGAGUCUUGUGAAGCUUGUAGUUUGUUAGGAUGUCCAAAAGUGCCAAAAUUGUGUUCAAAAUCACGAGGAUGUGGAAAAAUAUUGUCCUCAACAACUGUGAUGAAGGGCAGCCAUCUUGUGCCAUUUUGCAGUACAUGUAUAAUUAUUAGAAGAUGCAUUAUAGCUUAUCUGUUCUCCAACGAUACAAUACCCUCGGAAAGUAAUUUUCAUAUAUAAAGUGAAUGAAGUGUUUAAUUGUGAGGCAGAUUGUAUUAUCUUUUUGUAAUUGUGUAACGAUGCAGGGUUGUAACAAUGUGUCAAAUCUGAGCUCGUAUCAAAAAGGGAGGCGGCAUCACGUUGACAUCAUAGAUGCACAAAGAUGCUCGCUGAUAAAGACGAUUGAUUCUGCCAGGUGGACAGACCACACAUCAAUGGUGACAUAACCAGAGAUAUGACAGAGAAAGAAAAAAAAAAUAUAUAUAUAUGGAGUUCUAUAUUAAGAAAGAUAUUUGGAUAAAUCGUUCUGGAUGAGAGAUGCUUCUGUGGAUUGUGUAACUGUCCUGUAUGACUGGAAACUGAUAAUAUACUCACUGGUGCCUACCAGACUACUUGUGCUGUGUCUGCCUUGUUACUGCUGCUACACCCAAAAUGUUGAAAGAUGUUUAUUCGUUUUCUUGCCAAGAGUUUGAUUAAUUCCACUCUCGCAUCUGGAAUCGAAGCUAUACAGAUAGGAGACGACUAGCUUAGCAUUAAAACCGGAAAUGGGGAAAGAGCUAACACGUUAUGUUUUGUUUGUUUCAUUAGUAAAAAAAAAUAAAAAAUGUGGCAUAAAAACAACAAUUUCCAAUUCAGCUGAUGUUCAAAAAUAUUUACCCUGAUGACUUUCAUUAUAGUUCAAAAGAAGAAACAAUGAAAAUAAAGAGAAAGUGAAGCGUU